CAGUCGCGGCGCGCGCAACAGUGAGCAGCCGUGCCCGAGCGGCGAGCAACCCUCCGCUCGCCGCGCAGCCCACGUAGUCGGUGUGCGCCAUGGAGGAGCCUCCAGCCAGCUGCGCGUAACGUUAGCUGCGAGCGUCACGCGUUACACUCGUCACAGUAACUUCAAAAUGCAUAGUCCGGCGGCGGCGAUCUUCCUGCUCGUUUUCACGGGAGUAAUUGUGUCGUUGGCAGCAGUGGCACUUAAGGACCACCACCACCAGCCGCGGGCCUCUGCUGGAUCUGGCGGUGGCGGUGGUUGUCGUGGAGGGGACAGCGGGGGUGGCAAGGAGAAAGUACCCCGGAGGACGAGAUACCGUACAGGUCAUAUCUGUUCUGUUCCAGGACACCUAUCGGAGUUUUCCUGCGGGAAGCUGUACUACAGGACAUUCAUGCUCGACUCGAAGAGGGAUUCUCUAUACGUUGGCGCAAUGGAUCGCGUCUUCAGACUGAACCUCAACAACAUCAGUCAGUCGCUGUGCGAUAAAGAUUCUUUGGUGAUGGAAGCGAGUCAUGUGGCGAACUGCGUCUCCAAAGGCAAAUCUGAGCACUUCGACUGCCGCAAUCAUAUACGCGUCAUCCAGCCAAUGGGUAACGGAAACCGUCUCUAUGUGUGCGGGACCAAUGCACACAGUCCGAAGGACUGGGUUAUUUACGCGAACCUGACUCACCUGUCGCGGCGUGACUACGUGCCCGGCGUGGGCACGGGCGUGGCCAAGUGCCCGUACGACCCGGCGGACAACUCGACGGCGGUGUGGGUGGAGCGCGGCAACCCGGGCGGCCUGCCGGGCCUCUACAGCGGCACCAACGCCGAGUUCACCAAGGCCGACACCGUCAUCUUCCGCACAGACCUGCACAACCUCACCACCGGCCGCCGCGAGUUCUCCUUCAAGAGGACUCUCAAGUACGACUCCAAGUGGCUCGACAAGCCGAACUUCGUUGGCUCGUUCGACGUGGGCGAGCACGUGCUGUUCUUCUUCCGGGAGCCGGCCGUGGAGUACAUCAACUGCGGCAAGAGCGUCUACUCGCGCGUGGCGCGCGUCUGCAAGCGCGACACCGGCGGCAAGAACAUCCUCUCGCAGAACUGGGCCACCUUCCUCAAGGCGCGCCUCAACUGCUCCCUGCCCGGCGAGUUCCCCUUCUACUUCAACGAGAUACAGGCCGUAUACCGCACCCCGGACGAUCCGAGCCGCUUCCACGCCGUCUUCACGACGUCCAGCACGGGCCUGAUCGGAUCGGCCAUCUGCUCGUACACGCUGCAGGACGUGCAGCAGGCGUUCCGCGGCCGCUUCAAGGAGCAGGCGACCAGCAGCUCCGCCUGGCUGCCCGUCCUCUCCAGCAGGGUGCCCGAGCCGAGGCCCGGAGAGUGCGUCAACGACACACAGACCCUGCCCGACACGGUGCUCAACUUCAUCCGAUCGCACCCGCUGAUGGACUCUGCCGUGGGCCACGAGUACGGCAAGCCGGUGUUCUACAAGAGGGACGAGGUGUUCACCACCGUCGUCGUGGACCGACUCAAGGCUGAGCUGGCGCCAGCCGGCGUCUACAGCGUCUUCUACGCGGGCACCAGCACUGGGUCCGUGUACAAGGUCGCCCAGUGGUUCGAUCCAGCUACCGGGGAAUCCUCGUCAAGUCUCGUCGACGUCUUCGACGUGACACCAGGAGAAGCGAUCCACGUCAUGGAUAUCUCACCACAGCACGCGUCGCUGUACGUGGCGACGGACGAGCGCGUGCGGCAGCUGCUGCUGGCCGACUGCGGCCGUCGCCAUUCCAACUGCCUGCAGUGCGUCACCGACCCAUACUGCGGCUGGGACCGCCGAGACGGCGUCUGCAGACUGUACGCCCCUGGACUGCUGCAGGACGUGACGAACAGAUCGCGCGGCCCGUGCGAGACGAGCGUGCCCAAGAAGCGGCUGACGGUGACGUGGGGCCAGAGCGUCCACCUGGGCUGCCUCAGCCAGCAGCAGGCGGCUCCGCAGGUGCUCGCCGGCCGCGCCGUCUCCUGGCUGCACUACAGCGACGCCCGGGGCCGCUACCACAUACGCUUCAGUAAGCCCGAGAAGUACAUCGAGACGUCGGAGCACGGGCUGGUGAUAAUCGCGGUGACGGAGGCGGACGCGGGCCGCUACGACUGCUGGCUGGGCGGGGCGCUGCUCUGCUCCUACAACGUCACCGUCGACACCCACCGCUGCUCGCCGCCCGGCAAGUCGCACGACUACCAGAAGAUCUACUCCGACUGGUGCCACGAGUUCGAGAAGUACAAGACCGCCAUGAAGUCCUGGGAGCGCAAGCAGGCGCAAUGCCUGGCGCGACAGAAUGAAAGCAACCAAAACGCACAUCCAAACGAGAUCUAUCACGGUUCACUGAUAAGGUAACGUGGCAACGCUAAGUGAGGCACAUGGCUGGAGAAUGUGGCUCCCAUCUACUCAGCGAGCGCCUCAUUCUUGGCCGCCUCAGAAGAGUGGAUCGAUGGCCCCGGAGACCGUGCACAGUAUUCACGCGAACUCGCAGCUCUUCCUAAACUGACAGCUGUUGGUGGCAAGUUGGACCAGCGGCUGCAAGUGCUCUGAGCUGUGGACAUUGUACGCUCAAAUGGUGUUUGUUUGCUGAUAUGUCAGUACAUUGACUGAUGGGUAACUUACUGUCGUAGGUAGCACUUGGGACCUGGACACAAACUGAUUUAGGUUUUCUAGAAAAUGAUUUAUGAGUAAGGACAAUAACGGUGUUUCUUAAUGUGUAUCUUGUUGGGGAACAUGACAUCCAAAAGUUUACCGUUGAUGAACGUUACUUAUCUCUUAGCCCCUGUAAAAAGUUCCCCAAAGGAAAGUCUUGUGGGAUGUUACCUUUCCAGCAUGUCUGCUAACAUCAUCCACUGUAUAACAGCCAGUGUUUGUGUGGCAGAAAGUAGAAUUUAUUUGUGCUGUGAAUGUAACACACUGUAGACUUAGCAGUUGCAAGAAUAAUAAAUUACUGUUGCUGUCUGACAAGAAGCAGAUAUCUGACUUACAGUGGCAAAAAAUGACGUAUGUUCCUUUAAUGACGCUAACUGACAAUGUCAAAUUGAAAAAAAAAAUGUUUUGUUCAGAUCACAGGUAAACAGAAUGAACUUCACAUGUUAACAUUGCUUUUUCUUAAUUUUUGAAUUUCGUUUAGGAAAUGAAAAGAAAUUAUAAUUUCUUUGGGGAAACUCUUGUUUAUAGUCUUACAUGAGGUCUGUGUCCACUUAACCACAGUGCUAGCCACAAAAGACAAUUUCGAAGUUUGACACUUGAAUGAAUGACUGUUUGUAUAUAAAUGGUACAGUGCUAAAAAUGAACUGUGUCUGUUUGGUGUUCCUGAAUAUUUGUGAAUGUAUUUGAUGAACUUCCCCACCCAUAAAGAUAUUUAAUGGA